CUCCGCCGCUCCAACCUUAGGAUUUGCACGAGAUCGCUUUGGUUGAGAAAGAGCGUUAGUUUGGAUCGUGAUUUGGUCUCCAAGACGAGAGAGUUCCUCCUCCGUGCAGGAGCGUGGCUGCUGCCACACCGGCUCUCACCAUGUCGAACUUUCAGCAGCAGCAGAUGGGCGUGGGUCAAAUGAUGCCUCAGAUGGGACAACAACAGCAGCGACAGCCCCAAAAUACCAACGCCUCUGCUCAGAUACAGCAAAUGAUCUAUGCAACCCUUACCCAACAACCUGGGCCGCUCAGCGGUUGGCAAGCUCAAGUGCUACCUAACGAGCGCAUGGGAUUAAUUUUCAACAUAAUCGGGAACCUUCGUCUUGCUAGUCAACAUCAACCAAAUCCUCCCACACUACAGAGAAUGAUCGAAAUUGGGAUCAGAUUCGAAAAGGACAUCUUUGAAAAGUCUCCAAACAAGGAUCAAUAUAAGCACCAAGUACAGCUGAAGUUGGAGCAAUUAUUGGAGAGGAGGAAUCAAAAUCAGGCGAAUAUGCAGCAGCAGAUCCAGCAACAAGCGCAGCAGCAAGCACAACAGAUGAUGAUGAACCAAAAUCCUAUGCAAGGUCAGGGACCAAGACCUAUGCCUCAGCAGGCAGCUCAGCAAGGGUUUUCACAUUUGCAACAUCAGAUGCAAGCAUCUCCGAUACCUGGUCAACAGCCUCCACAGGCACCGAUGGGCAUUCCAAACCAGGGCUCGCAGAAUAUGGCACAGAAUCAACAGCAGCAAUUUGCAAAUGCCAUGCAGCAAGGGCAGCCGCAGCAAAAUCACCAAGGUCGAGUUCCUAAUGGUGGUCAGCCACAAUUGUCACAGCAGGAUAACGCUCUUGUGAUGGAUCUCACCAACAGGUUGGCGGCUCAGGCUUCUGAGGAAGAGAAGGCCAAUCUGAGGGUAUCACUUCAGCAACGAAUGGAACCACAGCAGUUCGCACGGUAUCAGUCGCAAGGCAUAGAUCCUGUAUUACUGUACUUUCGAAACCAAGCUGUCAAUAGGCUUCGGCAAGAGAAACAGGUGCGUUUAGCACAAGCACAGCAGCAGUUAGCUCUUGGACAACAAUCCCAGAAUGUGCCAGCUUCAGCGCCGCCAAUGCAACAGCAAAGAUCGAUGAAUCCAAGUCCGAUGAAUGGUCAAACUCAACCUCCUACUACCAGUGGAGCAAAUCCAGACUUUACUUCUUUUAUGGGGAAUAUGGGUGAUCUCGCAGCACAACAGCAACAGCAAGGAGUCAUGGCUCAGGCUGAAGGUCAAAUGGUCGUUCCAGUAAGUGGCGCUCCACGAAAUGCAACGCCACAGCCUGGUGUUAUGCCUGGUCAAAACAUGGCGAUGAAUGAACAAAGAGGGCCUCCCAAUCCCAAUCCUGGUGCUCAGCAACGGCAGCAUAUGAUAAACCAACAAAUGCAGCAACAAAGGAUGAAUCAAACUCAGCAACAACAGCAACAGCAGUCACAGAAUCAGGCUCGGUUGCAAGCACAUGUCAAGGCGCAACAAAUGGCUCUCCAAGGACAACCGGGAGGCAUGGGACCUGGCCCAGUCCCUCCGCAACCAAGCCCCGCUAUGCCUACGCUGAACGCACCGAUAAGAACUCCUUCUCAGCAACCGAUGAAUCAACCAGAAACCCCACAGGUAAACGUCAGUGCGCAGUUUGGACAACCAUUGGAUCCUCGCUUUAUGCAAGGGAACCAGAGACAACCUGGUUUUGGAAAUGGUCUCAAUUCAGCAGCACUAGCCCAAGCGAUGUUUGCCUCGAUGCCACCGGAAACGCAAAAGAAUCUGUCACAAUUACCGCAAGAAAAGUUGAAUGAAGUAGUGGGCAAGUGGCAUGCACAGCGACAACAAGAAAUUCAGGCGAAUGGACGACAGCAGAUGAACAUGCAGGGUGGUCAAGUCCGACCUGGUCAGCAAAUGGGCCCGGGUGGUCCUUUCAAUCCGCAAAAUCCUGGUGCUCAAUUCAUGGGCGGACCUGGUCAACGACCACAACCAGGAAUGGGUGCGAAUAUGAGUGCCCAACAACAAAUGAUUCUCCAGCAGCAGAUGGCAGCCUUGCGCCCCACUCCAUUGCAGCAGCAGCAGCAGCAGCAACAGCAGCAGCAACGCAACAUGCAGCAGAACCUCAACAUUGAGCAACGGAUGGCUUUGCAGAUGGACGGGGUUGAUGUUCCACAGGUAUAUCAAAGUCAUCCAACUAUGCCACAAGGAUUUCCACCCGAAUUGAAAAAGUGGGGUCAGUUGAAGCAGUGGGCAGCGUCGAAUCCUAAUCUUGGCCCGGCUGGUCUUGAAAGUAUCAAAACUCUGCAGAAACAUCAUUAUUCAAACAUUGUCCGCAGCAGAUCACAACAGAAUGGCCAGCCUGGAAUGAUGCAACCUGGACUUCAGGGACCGCAGGGAAUGCCUGGAGCAGCACCUGGUAUGGCAGCUCCUGUGGCUCCCAUGGGCCAAAAUCCAGUACAAAUGAAUAAUCCAAUGUCUAUUGGUACUGGCGCUCCGAUUCGACAGCCAACCCAGCAAGAAAUACAAGCUAUCAGAAACCAUCCAAGCGGAAAAAUGGCUACGGCAAGUGAUGAUCAGAUCCGUACAAUAUUCUUACGCAAUCAUCAACAGCAGCAGCAGCAGCAAGGACAAAUGACCCCGCAGCAACUACAACAACAACGACAAGUUAUGGCGGCGCAGAUGACCAGAAUGCAAGCACAACAAGGGGGUGGGCAGCAGCCACACCAACCCGGUCUGACGAACGGUCCAGCUGCGGUACCUCAACAGAAACCAAACCAGACGCCGCAACAAAAGCCUCAACCUGCUCCUGAGCCGACAUCAACACCGAAUAAUGCCAACCCUGCCCGUGCAGCUCGGCAACAACCCGGUGACCACAACGCUGCCCAAAACUCAUCACCAGCGCAACCCGCUAAGAAUCUGAAGCGUGCUAGCAGUGGUGAUGAUGUGGUUGAAGUGCCAAAUCCUAAUACACAACGACCUCAGACAGCUGCGCAAAACACUCAGGAGGCCAAUCAGCCCAACCAACACGGGCCUCCAAAAUUGACUCCUCAGCAGAUUGAAAAAUUGAAUCCAGAACAGCGCAAGGCAUAUCAGUUAUUCUUGCAGAAGCAGCAAGCGAGCCAAACGAAUUCGCGGAUGCAGGUUAACCCUGUUGACCUCGAGAAGCUGAAAGCAAUAGAAAAGGAAGAGCAAGAGAGGGCGUCUGCACCUCUGCCAGAUCUACCUUUGGAUGAGGAGUACAAAACCAAAAUCCGGAGUCAAGUCCGGUCUAUCAUCAGCUCAAUGCAGAACGUUAAUAAGGCUAUGCCAAGGUGGUAUCAGAUCACACAUAACGAAGAGAGAGCUAGACAAUUUUUCCGUGCACGAUUUCGGUUAGCGAAACAAUUUCAUGACGGUGAGACGAUGCAGCAGCUCAAGGAUAACUUUUCCAUCUCGCCCCAAGAAGUUGAACACAUCAAACUACUUCUGAAUGCUAUCAUACAAGAUUUGAGUACCAAGUUUCCAAACAUGAAGACCAAGCCUCAAGGAGCUUCCACUACACAAGCAGGCACACAACCUCAACCCCAAGCUGCUCAAGCCCCCACGCCUUUGAACGCUGCCAAUCUGCAACAGCAGCAACAACAGCUGAAGAUGCACCAAAGGUCGAACAGCCGUAGUUCUCACACGCCAGCAGCUCCAACGUCCGAACAACCACCAAAUCUCUUUGGUGGUGCAAGGUCACCUCAUGGAGCUCCCUCGUACUUGAAUAACAACACCCUUACUCAGGAGAAGAUGCAUAUUCCUGCACGUAAGAAGCAAAAGCAGAACAGCACCCCUGUUCCCGGCCAAGGAACUCCCGGCUCAACCGCCUCGCCGCAGGUACCGAAAGCAGUGUCUCCAGAACUAAAGAGACAGCAGGCGGAGGCAAAGUCUCAGACAAAGAUGUUCACGUGCACCGAUUCUGAAUGCGAUGGGCGCAAUAUCACCUUUGACAACCAAGAGGCCUUAGACGCCCAUAGAUCCGAGGAGCACGUCAUAGCUGAUCCGCUAAAGUUUGUUCAAGAUACCCUUGCUUCUGGUACAGGAUUAGAUGCUCAAGGACAGCCAAAGAAAGCUUCUGGCCAGGAAGCUAGCUAUGCGCCAACUACUGCACCCACUAGCGUAAAGAUGAUGAAAGCCGGUUCAAAGCAAGCUCACACACCAACGGUCAAGGGUGAAAAUACUUCUGCCGCUACCACACCCAUGAACCGACAGGUAUCGAUGCACCGCCAGGGUAGUGCUGCUGGUGGUAAACCAAAUGUGCAAUCCAAUACCACCUCUGCCAAAGAUGCAAGCUCGAAGUCCCAUCCUGUAUCGAAGGAACAGCCGAAGACAGAGCCCCAGCCAUCAGCUCCUGUUGAUCCUUGGGCCAAUGCCACCAUUGAUCCAACGGAGCUCUACCAAACUUUCCAGCCUUACGAGACCGGUGCUGGUGGCGCUAUCUCCGACAUGAAUGUGUAUCGCUCUAUAACACCGAAUGAUACUCCCGAGUCAAGCAAGGAUGGUGUCUCCGAACCCAAUAGCGAUAUCUCCGAAGGUGUAGGCCUCGACAUUAAUCUGGACUUGGACUUAUUCGAUCCAAAAUGGGUACCUUUCGGCCCUAACGACGCUGAUACACUCUUUGAUAUGGACAGCUACAAUUUCAAUGGCGGUAUGGACGAUCUAGUCAUGUUCGAUGACGACCAAAAGGCGGGCAACUUUGGGUUGUGGGAUGAGGUGGAUCCUUCAGCACUUGACAAGCCGUUUUCUUUCGACCCUUCUUUUCAUUCUAUGAAUACCGAAUAAGCGCGUUUCCUGUUUAGGUUUCUGUCUAGAUCUCGGAGAUUCUAUUUCUAUUUUUUGUCUUUAUCGAGGCGUCAGUUAGUCCGGGUUUGGAAACCAUGGACAGGAAGGGAAUGGGAAUGGAAAUGGAAUGGAGGACCGAAAGAGAUAUACCAUUUGAGAAUUGGAAAAGCAUGCCUGGCGUUCCGGAGGAAUUAUUGCUCACUGUCC